AUGGGAGACGACGGCAUGGGCGGCUCAUUGAACCAGCGGGAUAGACUACGGAGUUGGUAUCGAUCAAUGAAGGUUGCAAAGCAAAGUGCCCUCCUAUCUGUAAGCGCCUUGCCUGAGAAUGUUCUUGCCUUCACCGUCGUGCCCAGGACUUCUUCAAUCUUACGUAACGUCCUUGCCAACGAAGAUGGACGUCAAUCACGACCCUGGUUCUUGGUCGAGAACCGACGAGAUACCACAACAUCAUCGACAACUCAUAAGGCCCAACCAGAUCUGCCGUCUCGAGCCAUCAGCAUACGCAGUACAGGCACAGAUACAUCGAAUACGUUCCCAAACUAUCAACUCGGAGCAAUCUGA